AUGAACUUCGUGGAGAGCGCGUACGUCUGCGAAGGAUUAGGCGGAACUCUCUUGACUCCGACAAGCCAUGAUCACGCAAAACGGAUGGUCGAGUCCACCAUGAGAAGUUCAAAUUGCACCACAUUUUGGACUGGAGUUUGGGAUUUUAUUGAAGAAGGAUCAUGGAUUAAUCACCAGAAUGGGUCAGCUAUGAAAAAUGUGCCGUGGGCUCCCGAUGAACCAAAUGGGAUGCAUUUCGAGAACUGCGGAGCCCUCGACGCCCAGGGCGUAGCUGACGACGACUGUCAGGCGAAACGAUGUGGGUUCUGCCAAGCAAAAGUGGGACGACCCUGGUCUCUACGAGGAUCGUGUCAGUCUUCCCCCCACGAUCAACGCUUCCUCUUAGGGUCUAUGACUGGAUCCUCGAGUGGUUCUUCGUCCCCUGCCCUCUGGGAGUUCGUCGGGUAUGGGGAUUUCAUCAUUAAUUGGGACGGGAAGAGCGAGACUUGGCGAUGGGUAAAGACAACGACGGGGCACGUGCAGGCAACCUUGAGGUUCUCGAAGUUCCAGCUUCCAAUCGGUCGCCAAGAGUGGGAAAUUUCGGUAGAAAUGUGCGGGCAGAAAGCAGGGACCCGCCAGCUCUCUCUGAGCAGCUGUGAGGACGGCGUUCAGUUUUCCUGCAGCGACGCGACGUGCGUGCCGCUCGAGGUGCGGUGUGACCACAAGUUUGACUGUCGUGACCACAGUGAUGAGGAACAGUGCGACAAGCUUCGUCUUACUCAUGACUAUCAGGUAAUUAAUGGCUUUCGUGACCGCAGUGAUGAGGAACAGUGCGACAAGCUUCACCUUACUCAUGACUAUCAGACCUCUGUCGCUCCACGGGACUCCAACGGAAAACUGAGAGUGGAGGCGCUCAUCAAGCUAGAAACCCUUAGCAUCAACACACGAGCCAUGCUGCUCGAUACAACUUUCAACUUAACCCUAACUUGGUACGAUUCAAGAGUAACUUUUUUUAACUUGAAACAUGACCGAUCCCUCAACACUUUGCCCACCAACGGUACCUUGUGGGGCCCGGACGUAGCAUUCGUCAACACCCUAAAUCACGCUGGGACCAUCUCUGAUGACAGAACUAACAUGUUCGUCCAUCGAGAAAAGAAAUCUUUGAAUUAUCACCCGAGUUUUGCUGGUGAAGUGGAGGUGUUUGAAGGGUCUAGCAAUCCAAUCACGAGCCACCGGCAAUAUCAAGCCUCUUUCACGUGCGACUUGGACUUGAGUUUGUAUCCGUUCGAUCACCAGAAUUGCUUCCUGCUGAUGAAAUUACGCGGAAGUACUUUUACGUACUUCGAAAAUUCAACAUCGACCGUCGUAUACAACGGCAGUGCGCUCUUGCUGGAGUAUGGAGUGGGCCAAGUGGAUCUGGCAGUCGGCGAUGACCAAACUACGAUCAAGAUACUAGUGCCGCUAAGUCGGCGUCACGGAUACGCCUUCAUCAACAUCUAUCUACCUUCGCUGACGAUGCUGCUCAUUGGCAUCUUGACGCUCUUCUUCCGUUGCCGUUUUUUUGACUCGCGCGUCAUGACGUCACUCACUACCCUCUUAGUGAUGGCUACCCUCUUCUCACAGGUGGCAGCAACUCUUCCCAACACUUCCUACUUCAAGAUGGUUGACAUUUGGCUUUUGUUUUGCAUUUUUUCGACGUUUUUAGUUAUAGUUUUCCACGUCCUCGUCGACAGAACUCAACAGGCUAAGGAAGACGGCAUUGUAUUGGAGCCUAAAAUCAGUUGCAACUCGAAAAAAGUUGAAGCAUGCGUUUUUUGGCAAGUGUGCGGGACGUUUGCUUCACAGGUGCGACCUUCAGUCCUAGUCAAGCUUGCAUGUGAGCUAGACGUUGGGGAGGCCAAUGUCAAGUCUAUAAUGACCUAG